CAGAGAGUUACAACGCAUAGCGAUAUCGAGGCGGACGGAGUGAUUUUAAAAUAUCGAUGGCUUUAAUUUGCUAUUAAAUAACUGAUGUGGAAAUCGCUAUUUGAUUGCCAUUUCUUAAUGUCGUUAUUUAUUCUUCGAUUGGCGUCGCUGACGAUCGAACUAUCAUAAUAUAUAUAUAUAUGGGUCACAAUGACGUAUGAUGCAGCAUAACAUCGGAGGGCGAAGGAACGCAAGCACACACUACUGAGAAGAGCCAGUCAAUCAAUCUCUAACGCCCUCGCGUAACACUUGCUGGUUAGGAUGCGAGUAACAGCUACGCACUCCACACUAUAAUAUCAUCAUAUUAAUGUUAUAAUAUCUAUCUACGUUUUUCUUGGAGCGAUUAAAUGUAUUUUUGUUUCGUCGAGCUGGAGUGGACUUGACGCGCUGAUACAGAUAUUUCAAUAGCUCUUCGCAUCUAAAACAAUACAUGUUUACAAUUUAGUUAUGAAGAAUUGGAAUACAAAUCAAAUAUCCAGUGCUAUCAUAACUAAGUUUAUAAUUUACCUUUAUGUUAUUAAGUAUUCAAAAUGCUUAGAAUUCAGAGAUAUUUUACCAGAGGAUGCAAAGCAAUAUGAUAAAAUGAGACCACCCAAAAUAGAUGGAACGGCAACAAAAGUUCAUUUUCAUGUUACGGUGAUGGGCUUAGAUUCAAUCGAUGAAAAUGCAAUGACUUAUGCUGCUGAUAUUUUUUUUGCUCAAACAUGGAAGGAUCAUAGGCUUCGCUUACCGGAAAAUAUGACUUCCGAAUAUAGAUUAUUAGAAGUUGAUUGGUUAAAAAACAUUUGGAGACCGGAUUCGUUUUUUAAAAAUGCCAAAGCUGUUACAUUUCAAACGAUGACAAUUCCAAAUCAUUACAUGUGGCUUUAUAAAGAUAAAACUAUUCUCUACAUGGUCAAAUUAACGUUAACAUUAUCGUGUGCAAUGAACUUCAUGAUAUAUCCACAUGAUACACAAGAAUGCAAACUUCAAAUGGAAAGCUUGUCUCAUACCACUGAUGACAUGAUAUUCCAAUGGGAUCCAAAUGUACCGUUAGUUGUUGAUGAAAACAUUGAACUUCCUCAGUUACAAUUAGUCAAGAAUCAAACCGCUGAUUGCACUCAGGUUUAUUCCACUGGAAAUUUUACAUGUCUUGAAGUUAUUUUUGUUCUUAAACGAAGACUUGGAUACUAUCUAUUUCACACUUAUAUUCCUACAUGUCUUAUCGUCAUUAUGUCUUGGGUUUCGUUUUGGAUUAAACCUGAAGCUGCUCCAGCCCGUGUGACAUUGGGUGUAACGUCUUUAUUAACGUUGUCAACACAGCACGCUAAAUCUCAAGCUGCGCUUCCUCCAGUCUCCUAUUUAAAAGCAGUCGAUACAUUUAUGUCCGCGUGUACAGUGUUUGUAUUCAUGGCUCUUAUGGAAUAUUGCUUGGUGAACAUAGUGCUUGGUGAUUCCGACAUGCCACCAAAAUCAUUAAAUAAAAAAUCAUUUAAUUUCAGCUUCAGGAGCAAUUUGAAGUUAAACGACGGCCACUCGAUCCCGCCUCCCCCGCGUCCACCACCUCAAGCAACUGCAGCUGCAUUGGCCGCUACGACGGCCCUUGCACAGAGAAAUCGCACUCGGGCCAUAAACAUCGAUCGGUUCUCUAGAGUCUUCUUUCCAUUGCUGUUCGCGGUGCUCAACAUGACGUACUGGUUCAUAUUCGCUCGGUUUUUAUAAUGUUAUCUCGCAGAAUAUUACAUUGUUGUACUACACACCCGCUAACAAUACCUAUCAUCAAAUUUUAAUACGACUUAAAUCUACUUUAAUUUACUAUCGCGACGCUGGUAUUUAGGUACCUAUAUAUACAUAACUAUUAGAGAUAUCUGAUAUACAGGUAUAAUACAUAUAGUAUACCA